AUGGAUUGUCUAAGUAUCCAGUUCCAUAUUAAAUUAAUUAGAGAAAAGAUUGAAUUUGAAUCUAUCACUCCUUUAAAGAAUAACCUUUCUUUAUACUAUACUCUCCUUGUUUAUUUGGGUUCAGUGCUGAGUUUGUUUUUGCUUACAAUGACAUUGUGUAUGAAGAUUCGAGCAGUUAAAGUUCUAUUUUAUUUACAUUUGUGUGGUUACGAAUAA